CCCGCAGGCUUCGCUGCUUGCUGUGACGUUACCCUCCUCCGCGCCCGUCCCUCUGUGCUGCCGCUGGAGUUAGCUUUGGGAACUGUCUGGACGGGGAAGGGUCUAUCUGUCGUGACAGCCCGUUAUCCUGAACUUUUACCAGUCUAGGCAGCGCCUGGAAGACGGAGAGAGUGUUUUAUCUUUGUUUUCGAUGCAUGGGAGUGCCCUGGGAACGGCGAAGGGAGAAGACAGUGCUGGUGGUCCUGACUGUUCAGCAGGAUGAGUGAGGCGGAGGGUCAGUUCUACAGUGUUCAGGUGGGAGACUCCACCUUCACUGUUCUCAAGCGCUACCAGCAACUCCGCGCCAUUGGCUCCGGGGCCCAGGGCAUCGUCUGUUCUGCUCUAGAUACAGUCCUCGGCAUACCGGUGGCGGUGAAAAAGCUGUGUCGGCCCUUCCAGAACCAGACUCAUGCUAAGCGUGCCUACAGGGAGCUGGUGCUGCUCAAAUGUGUCAACCACAAAAAUAUCAUCCGUCUGAUCAAUGUGUUCACGCCUCAGAAGUCCCUGGAGGAAUUCCAGGACCUGUAUCUAGUGAUGGAGUUGAUGGAUGCCAGCCUAUGUCAGGUGAUCCACAUGGACCUGGACCAUGAGAGGAUGUCCUAUCUGCUCUACCAGAUCCUCUGUGGCAUCAGGCACCUGCACUCUGUUGGCAUCAUCCACAGGGACCUGAAGCCCAGUAACAUUGUGGUGAAGUCAGAUUGCACUCUAAAGAUCUUGGACUUUGGCCUGGCUAGGACGGCCUGCACUAACUUUAUGAUGACCCCCUACGUAGUGACCAGAUACUACCGUGCCCCAGAGGUCAUACUGGGCAUGAAGUAUAAGGAGAAUGUGGACAUCUGGUCAGUGGGAUGUAUCAUGGGAGAGAUGGUAAAGGGCAGCGUCAUCUUCCAGGGCACCGACCACAUCGACCAGUGGAAUAAGGUGAUUGAGGUUCUGGGCACGCCCAGUCUGGAGUUUAUGAACCGACUCAUGGAGACUGUGAGGAACUAUGUGAUGAACAAGCCACAGUAUCCGGGUGUCAGCUUCGCAGAGCUUUUCCCGGACUGGGCCUUUCCUUCUGACUCAGAACACGACAAACUGAAGACAGGUCAAGCACGGGACCUGCUGUCCAAAAUGCUGGUCAUUGAUCCUGAAUCUCGCAUCUCCGUAGAGGACGCCCUCAAUCACCCGUACAUUCAUGUGUGGUACGACCCUGCAGAGGCCGACGCGCCUCCUCCCCAGAUUUCAGAUAAGCAGCUGGAAGAGAGAGAGCACACCAUCGAGCAAUGGAAAGAACUCAUUUAUGAAGAGGUGAUUGACUGGGAGGAGAGGAACAAGAAUGGACUGAUGAAAGAAGACUGCUCAGAUGUGGUGUCAGGUUCAGCCUCCCAGUCCUCAUCAGCCAACGAUAUCUCAUCCAUGUCCACGGAGCAGACCUUGGCCUCGGACACAGACAGCAGCAGCAUUGACACACUGACGGGACCACUGGACGAGAGUCAGUGAACACAGUCCAUGGCCACAUGUGUCUGCCUGUCUGCUUGCCUCAGUUCCCAUUUACAAUAUCCAAAUAUCACUUUCCUUUCUCCUCUUUGCUCCCUUAUCCCCCCAUUUUCUGAAUUCUUUUGUUCUACCUUUUUUUUUUACGCUGCAUUUCUCUUCUUUACUCUUCAACCUCAAUGAAUAGGUCUAUUUUUCUAUUUUCUUUUCGUUUGUGAUGAUGUGGAAACUUCAGACUUUGUUUUUGGACUGCUGCUUAGAGGUCAAAGCUAUCUAUCCUGUCUGUUGGGUCAAAGGUUUAUCUUUCUCUUCCUUAUGGAUAUUGUUUAACUUGAUCAAGUAUAUAUGAUGUAUGCAUCCAUUUGGAUUUUCAGGUUACCAGGAGAAGGUGGGGGAUUGUUGUUUGUUCUGUAUGCCUGUGUUUUAAUAGUUUUAUUUUUUUAGCGAAUAUUAAGUUGAGACCAGAGGUUCUUGUCAUCAAAUUAGAGCAGACACGUACUGAACAUAGACCACAGCUGCCAGCUGCUCUCAUGCAUGUCGCGCCAAUACGAACAAAAUCUUACCAUAAGUAGAUCACACAGACACAUCUGAUGUCCAUCGAACACUCAUCUGAAGUUUGACUGAUCCUUUAGCUAGCUUGCUGUGUUGCAGAUCUCCACAGUGGUGCUAUCUGCACAGUGUUUUUUCUUUCAUGAAUCGGCUUGAGUGAUGUGGAUUUUGAGCUUUUCCUCCUGACAGCUGGGGGAAGCUGUGAUUGCAGUGUUACAGUUUUAUUUCCUGAUAUAACGUACUGUAUGUAAAGAUGUCAUGAUCUGAUGCUCAUAGUGGCUGUAGACUAUUUCUCUACUUAUAGAUAAGGUGUGCUUGUUUUGUUAAGAAACUCAACAUAUAUUGCAAUCGCCCCCAUUUGACAUAAGGUACUGAAUAAUAAUGUGUAUAUCAAAAGAAUAGUUCACAUAAAUUCGGGAGAGGCAAAAAAAAAAAAAA